AUUUACAUUGGUUCCAUUGCAUUUUUAAAAGGAUUAGAAGAAGUCUACUUAGGUGGCCCAUUUAGUUCGGAAAUGCCAUUUCCACACAUUCCAGAGCUGUUACAAACAUCAACCUAUAACGACUGCAGUGAUUGUGAAAAUUUACACUUUGCAUAUACGCCUGACAAACACUCUUCUUCUCCUCUUGCAAUGCCCAAUCAUUAUCCCGUUAAAAUCAGUUUACCACCGAACCUCAAAACGGUGUCCUUUACUUCUUCCCAAAUGUAUUACCAUAUACAGAACGUUAGGGUGAGCAAUAACAGCAUCACAGAAAUUGAUGUUUCAAGGAAUCUUUUAACGGAAUGGAACGGCAACAUUUCGGGACUUGAAAAGGUUGAAAAAUUAAAUAUUUCAGGAAACAUUGCACAUAAUGUCGGUGUGGGUUUCUUCCCAUCGUUUAAGAAGCUAAUAACCCUUGAUAUUUCACAUAACCAAUUAGGAGGUGUGUUAACAAAGAGUGACAUUUUCCACGGCUUGAGUACACUUCAGACUUUGAACCUUUCACAUAACUUCAUCACGAAAUUGUCACCUAAAGUCUUUAGCGAUCUGUCAUCAUUGACUGAGCUAAAACUGUCAAGGAAUAGCAUUCAAGAACUGCAGUUUAACAUCGCUCAUAUGAAAAACCUCACAGUCCUAGAAUGUUCAAAGAAUCAAGUACAAAAGCUCAACCGCAGGUUUAGGGCGAACCUGGACGAAAUCUCGAAUGAUCACGUAAUUAAGGUGGAUCUAUCCCAAAACCCUAUUCUCUGUACAUGUUCUAACCUUCCUUUUCUAUCCUGGAUGAAAACAUCCAGUAUGAACGGUAGAAUUUCAUUUGGACAUCUUGAAAAGUAUGAAUGUCAUUAUGAAUAUGGUCACAGAGUAAACCUGCAUAAUCUUGAGGAAGUUGUAAGAGAAUUGGAGAUGUCUUGCUAUUCCUAUUCCGGGUUCUUUAUUGGUAGUUCACUAGUUUUAUUUGUUUGUCUCUCUUUCUUAACGUGCUCACUGCUGUAUAGAUUUCGUUGGAAGUUGAGAUAUAUUUACUAUGCAGCAAGACAUAGAUACAGUUCAGAUGAGCCAUCAAACCAUGAAUUCGUUUUCGAUGCCUUUGUUUCCUUCGCAGAAGAAGAUCGCGACUUUGUUGUUAAUGAGCUUCUUGUGAUGCUAGAGAACGAGUCACACAUGAGACUGAACUUCCAUCAGCGGGACUUCACCCCUGGUCGUCCUAUAGCUCAUAACGUCAUCAAAGCUGUCAAAACUAGUAAAAGAACACUGGUUAUCCUGUCCAGUCAUUUCUUAAAGAGCUCCUGGUGUGUCCACGAGCUUCAGAUGGCUCACAUGGAGAGUGUGUCUACUGGCAGGGACGUGCUGCUGAUUAUUAUGAUGGAACACAUUCCAACCAACCAAAUCCCAGUGGAAAUAUUGUAUCAUAUACAGUCGGAUUCCUACAUUGAGUACCCACUGGAAGGGGAGAGGGACGUGUUCUGGAGGCGUCUCAUUGCUUCCCUCAAGGAAUAAUGGACCCGAUAGGAACUGUUUGCAGUGUUUAUAUGUUGUGGAUUGAUAUGGCAGACACAGAAGUGGAUAUUCUCGUAUGUCCUCAAAUGCAUCGGGAGUUAACAAACACACGUGCACAGGGAACAGCUAUGUUCUAUUUAUACAAUAUUGUAUUUAUGCAUUAUGUGGUGCUGUGCACAUACGAUAUGUUCGUAAAUCUAUUCCGAAUGAUUAAAUGUUUGUAUAAAGAUGUACCCUCUGUACAUUAUGAAAUACAUUAAUUUGUAGUUAAAAUGGAAGAUAUUGAUGUGAUGUUCAUGUAUAAACACAUGUGAUUUUUGCAGGUUCAGUUAAUGGAAUUACACAGUACAUGAAUAAUUAUGCAUGUAUGCAAGUAUUGGAUCACGUGUAAGUUAAUGUUGGCUUUGAAUUGACUACACGAUUCACUUAUGAACAGGUGUUCACAAGGCAGAUUGGUCUGAGCCUGUAAAUAAUCAAGUAUGAUUAUUAAAACAACGGACUGAAAUCAUGGGUCCCGCCCUGACGUUCAGCCAAGUCAGGGAGUGAGUGAGUGAGGUUUACCGCCGCCGUGAACAGUAUUCCCAUUAUAUCCUGGUGUGUCAAUAAUGCGGGAAGGGGCGCAGGUAUCAGAUUGACGUUUACCAGUCUGAGAUUUAAACCCACAAAGAUGUUCCGGGAGGGCCGAUGGGACACAACUCUGCAUAACGCCUCAGGCGACUAUACCAUGCGUGAUCCAACCAAGUCAAGAAGUCUACCAUUCUAUUUAUUUUAGUCGCCACUUACGACAGGCAAUAUGGAGGUGGUGUUUUUUGUGCCUAUAUCAUGUACAGUUUUAUUUAUUGUGCAUAUUAUGAUUCAACAGCUUUGAUUGAUGUUUGACAUUUUAAGAGGCUGUACAUACCCUGUUUAUUGUAACCGUUUCAUAUAUCGUGAUAUGUAUUUUUUUCUGAAGUAAACUAGAGACGCAUAUAUGUUUUGUAGAAACCUAAUGGUUAUUCGAUGGUGAUGCAUUUCAUACAGGCAUCACAGUGCCGUGGGGUAGCCUAGUGGUUAAAGCGUUCGAUCGUCACGCCAAAGACCCGGGUUCGAUUCCCCACAUGGGUAUAUUGUGUGAAAUCCAUUUUUGGUGUCCCCCGCUGUGAUGUUGCUGGAAUAAUGCUAAGUGUGGCGUUACAACAUAUUCAGUCCCUCAUUCACUGGAAAUAAGACAAGUAUAACUUUCAUAAGUAUCUCAAGAUUGAGUUGUCUGACAAAUUGCUCGGACCACAUCUCUUUUCAUAUGUACAUGUUCUUUUGCCUGCCUGUUUAUAUUACUGCACUUACGUUGUCUAGUGUAUUAUUAUUAGAUGUCAUUUGAAUUAUUAUUUGAAAAUAGAUGCCAGUUGUUUACGAGUCAAUAAAAUGUCACAAGCCACCUA